GUAUUGGACUACCAUAUUUGUUUGCACGCCGGUAGAAGGUAGAAGGAAAGGAAGCGAAGAAACAAAUAAAGAUGCAACGGAGGCACACGGCUCCAACGGCGGUUCUCCCCCCGGCAGGCCCGUCGCUGCCACACGGCCAGAAAGGGCUGACCGGUCAGCCGCGAAAGCACAGUGAAGCGCGGGCUCGUGCGUUGAGCCUGCCGAAAAGCUCCAUACGAUACGGACUCACCUCCCCCACCUUCACGCCGUGGGAUCGCUCCUUGCGCAGCUCGCAGCCCAUGUACAUCCCCGGACCCGGUUUCAGCCCCACGCGGCGAUCGUCCAGUAAAAGUGCUAAACAUCAGCUGCCAGGGAUCUUCCCGCGCGCCUCCUCGACGGUGGAUGCCGCCUCGGCCGCCGGGCCGACCAAACCAUCUUCCCCACCACCAACCGCAGUGGCGUCACACGGCCCUGCGCGGCGGUGGUCGGGCGCAGUAUUUCCGCGCAGGCUGCUCAGUGUGAAGGACGUGUCCUCGCCCGUGGUGGCGGCUGCGGUGGACGAGGACGGUCUGUCCCCCUCGCUCACCGAGAACUCGUCGCCUGCCGAGGCGUCCCGGCGGCUGUCGUCGCACGCAAAGGGCUCACUGCGCCUCAUCGCGGGUGCCGACGCCUGUGGCGAAGUGUCGGCGCUGUCGCCGUACACAAGUCUCAACCUGGUCAUGUUUGCUGCGUACGGCACCCUCCGCCUACUCCUCCUUCCGCUGUGGAGGCGGUACCGCUACCGCAAGCAGCUGGCACGGGCGACGGCGACGGUGGCGAAGUUUAUCGUGGCCAAAGUACACGCCCGUCGGCGCCGGCAGGAGCGUCGGGCAGCAAACGCGAUUCUUCGCUUGCUGCGUGCGCCACGCACCCGGCUGCUCAGCGUUGCCCAUGAGCUAGAAAUGCGGGUGGUGUGCAUCCAACGUGCGUAUCGUCUGCACCGCCGGUCCGUACAGGCAGUGGUAGAGUUGAACUACCGCAAAGUGCGCAGGGAUGAGGAAAAGGAGUACUGGGCGAAGGUGGUGGCCCAGCGCGAGGCGGAGUUGGCGGAGCAGCCGCCACCAACCGGCGCCGUCGCCAAGGCGAUCCAGGAGGUGUUAGAGGCGAAACGCGCGAUCCACACGCGCUUUGACGCUUUCAAGCAUGCAUCGACCGUUUCGCCCGCGAGUGCGCCGGCCGCGCCCGUCCCCUCCCGCUAUGAGUUGGACGUGUACAACUACUACAUGAUCGGUCGGCUGCCGGAGACGAUGCUGCGGCUGGAGAUUACCUCCGCUGUGUUUGCGCACACACGUCGGUCGGCCGAGCGCGCCUGCUUGCUGGAUGACCUGUGUGUACCGAGACACAAGAAGCGCACGGAUGCUCGCUGCGUCGCAGAUCGUGUGAGCGCCGCUGCCGCUGCCGCCGCUGCUGCCGUUGCAGCGCCGAAAUCGACGGCCAUGACGAAGAAGGCGAAAUGCGGUGCGAGUCUGCCUCACUUUUUGCCAAAGAGCGUUUACACCUCCAUUCUGAACAAUACCUGCUACACGACCAGCCUUAUGCGCAACGAUGCGAUGCUGCGAGCACACCUAAAGCCUCGUAACUCUUCCUUGGAACCGUACUAA